AUGCUGCGGAACGCCGUCAACACGGCCAAGAAGGCCGUCACUGAGCUCUCUCAGUAUCCCAAACCCGGCGACAAGCUUCACGGCUUCACAUUGCUGCGGACGAAGCACGUGCCGGAAUUAGAGCUGACGGCUCUACACCUUCAACAUGACAAGACCGGCGCCGACUACCUGCAUAUUGCGCGCGACGACAGUAACAAUGUUUUCUCUAUCGGUUUCAAGACGAACCCGCCGGACGAUACUGGUGUGCCCCAUAUCCUGGAGCACACUACCCUAUGUGGCAGCCAGAGGUUUCCCAUCCGCGAUCCCUUCUUCAAGAUGCUUCCGCGAACGCUGUCCAACUUUAUGAAUGCCUUCACCGCGUCCGACCAUACGUUCUACCCCUUUGCAACGACGAAUGCGCAGGACUUCAAGAACCUUAUGUCGGUCUACAUGGAUGCGACUCUACACCCUCUCCUGAAGGAAUCGGACUAUACACAGGAGGGAUGGCGCAUUGGACCAGAGAAUCCUCAAGCCGCCAACGGCGAGAAGAGCGAACUCGUUUUCAAGGGCGUCGUCUACAACGAGAUGAAGGGUCAGAUGUCCGACGCCGGCUACCUGUUCUACAUUCGCUUCCAGGACCAUAUCUUCCCCGAUAUCAACAACUCUGGCGGUGACCCCCAGAAGAUCACCGACCUGACCUACGAGCAGCUGCGUAAGUUUCAUGCCGAGCACUAUCAUCCGAGUAACGCCAAGCUCUUCACAUACGGUGACAUGCCCCUGUCGGACCACCUUCAGGAGGUCAACGCCCAGCUCAACGCCUUUGAGAGGAUACAGGAGGAUAAAACGAUCCACCAACCCAUCGACCUAGCUUCUGGCUCCAAAGAGGUUACCGUUCGGGGUCCCCUCGACCCCCUGGUGGACUCUGAUAGACAAUACAAGACGUCAGUCUCGUGGAUCAUGGGCGACACCUCUGAUGUUGUCGAGUCCUUCUCUUUGGCGCUGCUGUCCACACUCUUGAUGGACGGUUACGGAUCGCCACUCUAUCGUGGUCUGAUCGAGGCCGGCCUCGGAACGGACUUCAGCCCCAACGCGGGAUACGACAGUUCCGCGAAGUUAGGCAUCUUCUCUAUCGGACUGACCGGCGUCCAGGAGGGCGAUGUGUCCAAGCUCAAGGCCGAGGUUCAGCGCAUCCUUCAUGAGGUGCGCCAGAAGGGCUUCGACAGGACCAAGAUUGAUGGUUCCCUUCACCAACUGGAGCUGGCACUGAAGCACAAGACGGCCAAUUUUGGCAUGAACAUGCUGCACAGACUGAAGCCUAAGUGGUUCACAGGCGUCGACCCCUUUGAUUCUCUGGCGUGGAACGACACCAUAUCGGCGUUUGAGACGCAGCUCGCAAAGGGCGGUUACCUCGAGAGCCUCAUCGACAAGUACUUGCUCAAUGACAACACUCUUGUCUUCACAAUGUCGCCGUCGACCACUUUCAGCGAGGACCUCGCCCGCGAAGAGAAGGAGAGGUUGGCCUCCAAGAUCCAGCAGGCGUCCCGGGAAGCUGGCAGCGACGAGGCGGCCCGCAAGAAGUUUGAGCAGCGCGAGCUGGACCUCCUCGUCGAGCAGGGCAAGUCGAACACAGAAGACCUGAGCUGCCUGCCUACAGUCCACGUCAAGGACAUUCCCCGGAGCAAAGAGCCCAUCGUCGUCCGCGAUGAGACCGUCAACAGUGUACAGAUCCAGUGGCGUGAGGCCCCAACUAACGGCCUGACCUACUUCAGAGCCAUCAACACCCUAGAUAAUCUCCCUGAUGAUCUCAGAGAACUGAUUCCCCUCUUCUCUGACAGUAUUAUGCGCCUUGGCACCAGGGACAUGUCUAUGGAGCAGCUUGAGGAUUUGAUCAAACUGAAAACAGGAGGCGUGUCCGUAGGAUACCACUCGACACCCUCUCCCACCGACUUUCACCUGGCAAACGAAGGCCUCAUCUUUACGGGCAUGGCACUGGACAGAAACGUUCCAGUGAUGUUCGACAUUCUGCGCAAGCUUGUGCAGGACACUGAUUUUGACAGCCCGGAGGCUGCCCUCCGCAUCAGGCAGCUCCUUCAGGCGUCUGCCGACGGCGUGGUUAAUGAUAUUGCCUCAGCCGGACACCAGUAUGCCCGCGGCUUCGCUGAGGCUGGACUUACUAGGAAUGCCUGGUUCAGACAACAGAUCGGCGGCCUUUCGCAGGUCAAGCUCGUGACGUCGCUUGCCAAUCGUCCCGAAACGGAUGGGCUGGUGGAUGUCAUUGACAAGCUCAAGCAGAUCCAGAAAAUCGCGCUAUCUGGCGGUAACUUCCGUACGGCAAUCACCUGCGGAGCGGAGAGUACGGGCGCCAACCUUAGCGCUCUGACUAGCUUUAUGUCGACGCUGCCCAAGGACCAGCUGUUGUUGCCGGCAUCCAAGCCUGCUGCGGUGCAGAGGAACAUCAAGUCAUUCUUCCCAUUGCCGUAUCAGGUCUAUUACGGUUCACUGGCUGUUCCCACCGUUUCGUACACGUCUGCGGACGGGGCGCCGCUGCAGAUCCUGGCGCAGCUUCUCACCCAUAAGCACCUCCACCACGAGAUCCGUGAGAAGGGCGGCGCCUAUGGUGGCGGAGCGUACUCGCGAGGAUUGGACGGUCUCUUUGGUUUCUACUCCUACCGCGACCCCAACCCUCAGAACACGCUCUCCAUCAUGCGCAACGCUGGUCAGUGGGCCAGGGACAAGGCGUGGACUGACCGUGACCUUGAGGAGGCUAAGAUUUCGGUGUUCCAGGGCGUCGACGCGCCGCAGUCAGUGAACGCUGAGGGUAUGGGCCGGUUUCUAUCGGGCAUCACCGAGGAGAUGAAGCAGAAGCGCCGCGAGCAGCUCCUCGAUGUCUCCAAGGAACAGGUGCGCGACGUUGCGCAGAAGUACGUCGUCGACGCCCUGAAGAGGGAGGAGGAGCGCGUGGCCUUCCUGGGCGAGAAGCGCUCGUGGGUGGACAGCACCUGGAAGCUCCACGAGAUGGACAUUAGCGGUGCCGAGUAG